AUGUUUAUGUCCGAAGAUCAUGUGUGUUACAUGAAGACCACAGAAGAGGAAGAAGAAACCAAGCUGUUGAAAAGAAAAUGGAAGAUCACGGUCGAUGAAGGCGACGAACAACUCAAACAGUGGAUAUUUUUCGAUUUUGAAUGCACACAGGAUGACAUGAUCCAGUGUGAUGAGGGUUAUUCUCCCCAGAUAUCCAUAAAAAUGUGGAAAUUGUCAUCGCAAAAACUGUCACUCAAAUCCGUGUGCGAAGAAUGCAUUGACGAAGACGAGAUCAACGAGCAUAGCUACUGUUCAUUAUGCCAAUACAAGCAACACAUUUUCAAUGGUCCAAACACACGUGACGACUUCUGUAAAUGGCUGUUCUCGGACGAAAACGAAGGAGCCAAAGUCUUCUGUCAUAACUUUCGAGGGUACAAUAGCUAUCCCAUCGUCAGUUACUUGUACGAGAACGCCAUCUUGCCGGAGGUGAUCAUGAAUGGGUCCAAAUUCAUGAGCAUCGAGAUACCUCAUCUCAAAAUGAAAUUUCUGGAUUCCAUGAAUUUCAUACCCAUGGCUCUCUCAAAGAUGCCAAAGGCGUUUGAUAUACCUGAAGUCGCCAAGGGCUAUUUUCCACAUCUAUACAAUCGAAAAGAAAACCAAAGGGCUAUCAUGAAUCACCUACCAGACGUACAGUUUUAUAAUGCAGAUGGUAUGAUGCCUGAUGAUCGCACCAAGUUUCUCCAAUGGUACGAAGAACAUCAACACGAUAGUUUUGAUUUUCAGAAAGAAAUAAUAAAAUAUUGCCAGUCUGAUGUCGAUAUUCUCAGGCGAUGGUGUCUCAAAUUCCGCGACAUCUUCAUGGACAUGACGUCACGAGAUGAUCGGGACGGCUUUGACCCUUUCGAGCGCUGCAUCACCAUUGCCUCGGCUUGUAAUCUGGUAGAGAUCCAGCAUGCAGGCAACAUGGGAGAAAAAGUGAUUGGACCAUACAGAGUCGAUGGAUACUAUGAAAUAGGGGAUCAGAAAGUAGUAAUGGAAUUCCAUGGUGAUUAUUGGCACGGUAACCCCAAAUGUUAUUCUGCCAACACCCUCAAUAAAGUUGUGGGAAUGACCAUGGGAGACCUCUAUCAGAGAACCUUGGAAAAGAGAAGUUACUUGGAAUCUUUGGGAUAUACUUACCUGCAGAUGUGGGAGUCUGAUUUUGAUCGGGCCGUAGAGUCCACAGACAAAAUGAAGUCUUUUAUAGAGCACCUAGAGUUAACCUCGCCCUUACAACCUAGAGAUGCAUUUUUCGGCGGAAGAACCGAAGCCUUUAAACUGCAUGCCCAGGCAAAUGAAGACACCGAUAUCAAAUAUUUUGAUGUGACUUCACUCUAUCCCUUCAUCAAUAAAAUGGACAAGAUUCCAUUGGGACGCCCCCAGAUCGUGACUGAAAAUUUUGAUGUUCUUCAAAACUACGAAGGCCUCGUCAAAUGCCGCAUCCUUCCCCCAAAACAUCUAUACAUGCCAGUUCUUCCAUCGAAAAUCAACAAUAAGCUCCUGUUUGGCCUCUGUCGAACGUGCAUGGAGAAACACAUGCAGACCUGUGAGCACACCGAUCGGGAAAGAAUGAUUACUGGAACCUGGGUCACCGAUGAGGUCAAAAAAGCCGUAGAAAUGGGUUACGUAAUAGACAAGAUUUUCGAAGUGUGGCAUUUCGAUCGUAUAUCACAGUACGAUCCACUAGCAAAAUCGGGCGGAGCAUUCACUGACUACGUCAAUACAUUUCUCAAAAUGAAGCAAGAGGCAUCUGGUUGGCCAAAAUGGUGUCAAACAGAAGAAGACAGACACAAGUACAUAGAGGAAUACCACCAAAGAGAAGGAAUUCGUCUCGAAUAUCAUAACAUCGUAUCGAACCCAGGUCUCAGAGCGCUGGCAAAACUUAUGCUUUAUAGUUUUUGGGGUAAAUUUGGUCAGCGAGAAAACAUGCCCAAAACAACGUACGUGACAGAUCCCUGCGAAUAUUUCGAUAUGUUGACUAGCAAUUACCAACAGGUCAAAGACGUCAGCUAUGUGUCCGAAGAGAUGGUACGACUCCACUGGGUCUUAAACGACGAUUUUGUGGAGACCAAUGGUCGAUCGCAGCGUACACUACGGCCCAGGCCCGUCUAA